ACACACAACAGCUGAGGGAUAAACAGGAAUACAGGGGAAAGCAAUAUAACAAAUAGGCAUUAAUGAUAAACAUAAUUAGUUUAAAGUCAUUGAACCAUAUAUAAAACAUCCCCUUAUGUGGCCACGCUACACCCUCCUUUCAUGGAACAAAGGUUACCAAGACGAUCCCUUACAAUAAGGUGAAGAAAAAUGUGCAUAUAAAGAGGAACAACUCCAAGUUUGACAACUGAAGCCUACAGGCAUACUAUUACAAAAAUGAUGUCUAUUAAAGAGGAGAAAGAAGACUUGAGUUAUACAGAGCCACGGAUAAUAAAACUUGAAGAUACAGAGGAACAAAGAGACCUGAUGGAUGUGAAAGAGGAAAGUCUAGAACUGAAUGACAAGGAUCAGAAAUACCACCAGUAUCAUAAAUCUGAAAAUGUCAUAACUGGUGAAGAAUCUUUUAUUUGCUCACUGACUGAAAAUAAUUCCUCACAAAAAAGAACUCAUAAAACAAAAGCAAAACAUUUAUUAAUCUGCCCUCAGUGUGGAAAGAGUUUUGCACUUAACCGAGAUCUACUGAGGCACCUGAGAAUUCAUACCGGAGAGAAGCCAUUUACAUGCACUCAGUGUGGAAAGAGGUUCACACAAGAAGGAAACCUUAACCGUCACAUGAAAAAUCACACUGGAGAGAAACCUUUCAUAUGCAUUCAGUGUGGAAAGAGUUUUGCAGUGACAGGAGAGCUACAGAAGCACCUCAGAAUUCACACCGGAGAGAAGCCUUUUACAUGCACUCGGUGUGGAAAGAGUUUCACACAAGAAGGAAACCUUAUCCGUCACAUGAGAAAUCACACUGAAGAGAAGCCUUUUACAUGCCAUCAUUGUGGAAAGAAUUUUAAACAAGAAGGAAACCUUAAGCUUCACAUGAGAAAUCACACUGGAGAGAAGCCUUUCACAUGCCAUCAGUGUGGAAAGAGUUUUGCAGUUAAAGGAGAUCUACACAAGCACCUGAGAAUUCACAUCGGAGAGAAGCCUUUCAUAUGCAUUCAGUGUGGGAAAUGUUUCACACAAGAAGGAAACCUUAACCGUCACUUAAGAAUUCACACUGGAGAGAAGCCUUUUACAUGCCACCAGUGUGGAAAAGGUUUCAAACAAGAAGGAAACCUCAAAGAUCAUCUAAGAAUUCACACUGGAGAGAAGCCUUUUACAUGCACUCAGUGUGGAAAGAAUUUCACACAAAAAGGAAUCCUUAACCGUCACAUGAGAAAUCACACUGGAGAGAAGUCUUUCAAAUGCCAUCAGUGUGGAAAGAGUUUUGCAGUGAAAGGAGAGUUACAGAAGCACCUCAGAAUUCACACCGGAGAGAAGCCUUUUACAUGCACUCAGUGUGGAAAGAGUUUCAAACAAGAAGGAAACCUUAACCGUCACAUGAGAAAUCACACGGGAGAUAUGACUUUCACAAUCCCAUCAGUGUGGAAUGAGUUUCAAACAAGAAGGAAACCUUAACUUUCACAUGAGAAAUCAAAGGAGAGAAGCCUUUCAGUGUGGAAAG